AAUUCACAAGAACACCAUUUUUCAGAUGAUUACUCUCAAAGGGCAAGUUGUGAGUGUGCACAAGUAUGCUUCAACUUGCAAACUUUUGGUGAAGCCUCCUGAUUUUGUUGACGAAUCGGGCCGAAAGCUUUUCAAAGAAAAAACGCUUUGCACAGUCAACUAUUCCACACUUGCCUUUCUUGGCAUCAGUGUUCCAGAAAUCGAAUUGAAAGACUGGCUCAACAUUGAGAACCCGGAUGUGAAACACUUACCAGAUGGGAUGAUAGUAUUUUGCAGCAAUUCAAGUGUGCUGAAAGUUCCUGAAAAGCUUGCUGUGAAUUCAGUUAGAUCCCCCUGGACCCAAGCGUUUGAUCGCAUAAUUGUGUCCUUGGGUGUAAACUGCCUGAGCCACUACGGAUGGCUUCUGAGUUACGUUACUAUUAUUGCGGAUAAAUUGGGGAUAUUGGUGAGACAUGAACCAACGGACAUGCAAUUUCUGGUCAGAAUGGCCUUUGAUAUCCUUACUGGCUGUUGUGGAUUGAAGUCGCUGAAGUUUCAACCUCACCAAGCAACUCAGCUUACAACUGAGGAUUCUGCCGAAAUGCUGCCAGCAUUAGCACAAUUGGAAGACGAAAUAAGUUGCCACAGUCAACCCGCAACGCUGUUUCCAAAUAUUGUAGAAAUUACAAAACUGACAUCACAGGAUCACGUUUCCGAAUGGGGUUUUGAGCAAAUAGAUUCACAGUCUGUGCAAACGCUUCUAGGUGUUCUUGGUGCAUGUUCAAACUCAGCCCGUCCAUUGCUGAGGGAUGCUUCAGGGCAUGUUUAUAUUGUUUUCCUGGAGACGGAGAACUCAGUUCUGCCAAAUUUAUCGUGGCUUGGAGCGUGUUGCAUUGUCCGGAAUUUCGAAGUUUUCCAUGAGAAGUUUGACAAUGAGAGCAUGGUUUAUAUAGCUGUUAAACCGUGUGAUGUUCAGAUAAUAUCAUGCUUACCCAGGUGUCAGCUGGCGAAUCAUGUUUCCCAUGAAGCAGUCAUCUUGAACAGAAGCAGACUCCAUGUGAAUAUCCACAAGCCCUCCAUGAAAGGAUUCCUCUUGGACGUGAUGGUCAAAGCAACUGACAAAGUUGAUGCCAAUGUCAAAGUACGCCACAGAAAGCUCUCAUUAUGCUUGGAAGGCAACGAAAUGCUCUCCAUCCGUCCCUACUUGUACCCAGGCUCACAAAUCACCAUCUGUUUGCCUGAUCUUCCAAAAUGGAAAUACCUGUGUGCCAACACGAGUGUGUAUUGGAUGAAAAGUGAUGGGUGUUUGCGGCUUUCACGGGCUCAACAUGGUUUGAGAAUCACAAAUGGAUCCUUUACCCAUCAGAUAUGUUCGCAUGAAUUGAGACAGAAUGUGGAUGGAUCCUGCGAAGGUGUGAUAGAUGAUGUGUACCGAAACAAGAAGAACAACUUUGUGAAUCUGCGUGUGACAUUGUCCACAAGUGGAUUGAAGACUAGUGUAUACUGUGAUAUCGCUGCUUUGCAUUUUGGAAAUCCUCUGGGUCUCAUACCUGGGAUGAAAGUUAGGAUCACAAACUUGGUGAAGAAGAUGAGUGGCUCAGGGAAUCAUUACUAUGUUGCUACUGCCAUGAGUGAUUUCUUUGUCAGUCCAAAAGUGUCCCAUUCAGAAUUGCUGUGGCCUUUGGUGUCUCUGAGUCGACUUCUUCCUGAUAAACUGGCGUGUGUCCGGUUCUUGUUGAUAUCCUUCAAGCCCUGGUUUCCGGUGGAGUUUGAAGCUGUGUGUGACUCUUGUAGUCAACUCGUGCCAAAUGAGAGUCUUGAAGGACCAAAUUGUGAUACUUGUCCAGAUUCCGGGUGGGUUUUGACAGCAUCGGGGAAGUUUGUGGUGAGCGAUGGGACUUGUAGCAAGUUUGUGCUUGAGGCAAAGAAUGAGCAGGUGUUGCAAUUGUUGGGCAUCAAAGGAGGGUUUGUGAAGGAUUUCAAGACAUUUGUGAGGAGUGUGAGAGUGUUUCACUUGUCCCAUCGAAAUCAUGUUCUUUUUCCUUCGGUGUUGGAGGAAAGCAGCGAGUUUGCAGCCAAGAAAAGAAUGGCAAUGCAGAAGUUAUUGAUGAAUUUCAGGCCGAAGAAUGGGUUAAUUGUUGCUGCCAAGUGUCUGCUUUUCCAGCAGACCUCCGGUCAGGACGGAAGCGGGAUCGAAGGUUCGACAUUUUGGGGACGCUUGUAUUGCCAGAAUGUGGAAGAAGUGACAGAUUUUGUGGAAAUUCCGAGUGAUUGGGUCCGUUCGGAAGAAGCCACUCAUGAAGCUGAGAGCAUGCCCUUUGACAUUUCUCACUUCAGUCAGUGAGAGUUUUUUAAAGAAUUUGUCCAUUGUAUUUUGAGUAUUGUUUGACUUUGUUUUAAGCGCAUUUCUGCCUCUGUAGGAAACAUGAGUGAAAUGGUUGAGAAUUGCACUGUAUCAGUGUCUGAGUUGCCUUUGCUGGUUUUGAAAAAAAUCAUUGAGAAUUUCAAUAUG